CGACACUGUCGUGAAGCGCCAGUGUUUUGGUUUGGACAUUGGACCGGUUGUCCUCUGAGCUGAGUUUCCAGUUGCCCUUCAGCACAGAAACAGCGUUCCUCUCGGCUAAAACACACACCGUCCUAGCGUUAAACGAUGGCGGGGACAAUUGCACGGAAAGCUAUUGACCACCUGAAGAGCAAAGAGUUCAGAGAUUAUCUGACGAGCACGCAUUUCUGGGGUCCUGUAGCAAACUGGGGUCUUCCUAUAGCCGCCAUCACAGAUAUGAAGAAGAGCCCUGAGAUUAUCAGUGGCAGGAUGACCUUCGCUCUUUCCUGCUAUUCACUGCUCUUCAUGAGGUUCGCAUACAAGGUGCAGCCACGGAACUGGCUACUGUUUGCGUGCCAUUUGACAAAUGAGACAGCACAGCUAAUCCAGGGGAGUCGUCUCAUCAAAUACAACAUGGAGAAGAAGAUGGGAUCUUAGUGACAGAGCGAAGCAGGGGCCAAAGUUGCACCGUGCUGCUACGACAGCCAACUAAACCUGGACAUCAAAACAUUUUAUCUAAUCAUUGAGCCUGUGGUACUUAAGCCAUGAUAUAUUACCAUGAUUGAUCAACCUCAUGAAGUUUUAGUCACUUUUUACUAUACAGACGGAAAAAAGAAAGAUGAUUUCCUCCCACAUUUUAGGGUUGCCAUGAUUUAUUUUUAAACUUUUGCAAUAUUCAACAUGACACAAAAGUCUAAUGUAGGUGAAUGUACACUCAGCUAACCAGCCUGGCAGUAAGAUGCUUUACACACUGAAUACACUUGCCAUUAAACACUUUAAGACCAUGCUAAAACAAUCAUUAUUCGGCAGUCGUCUCAUUUCAGGUUAUCAGCAUACCAUUUUUAUUACAUUCUUACGACCUUCGUAAUUGAAAUAUUCCUAAUAUUUCAUAGAGAACUUAGCCUGAGAUCUGUCUGUGCAAAUAUUUCCACAUCAUGGAAUAUUAUCGCUGGCUAAGAAUAUGGACUUUUAUUCAUUAAGCUUUACUUAAACACAGAGAACACACAGACAGGUAAGCUUUUUGUUUGCUGUUCCCUGGAGCGAGAUAUUACGCUGUACAUUUAAAACAGAUUGGUAUGAGGAUCUAAUUUGACAUAAUUUUAUUGCAGUAUAAUAAAUAAUGAUUGUUCAAGCAAAUGUUUAAAUCAUACAAAAUAAAUGUGUAUGUCUUUUUAUGUGGUGAGGCUGUAAACACUGUAUAAUUAGGCCCGGGCUGUCUAGGUGGUAAUCCUGCAUGACUGGGCAAAACAAGAUGCUUCUGUCAGUAUUGACCAAACUGUGUGUUGUCAUGAUGCGUCAUUCACGUUAAUUUAUUGUUAUUGCAUACUUCAUGUCAUUAUUUUUCCCUGAUUAACAAUUUGAUUCUCUGGGUUUGUUUAAAUAAAGUGGGUACAACCAACUUGAACAAAA